AUGUCCGACUACGAGGAUGUCGUGGAUAGCGAGCCGCCCGCAAUAGAGCCGUACGAGGUGCUCGGCCUCGAGCGCGAUGCCACGGCCGACCAAAUCAAGAGCGCGUAUCGCAAGGCCGCCCUCAAGAACCACCCUGACAAGGUCCCGGCUGAUCAAAAGUCUGCGGCGCAUGAUCGAUUCCAAUCCAUCGCCUUCGCAUACGCCGUGCUGUCCGACCCUGCGAGGCGCAAGCGCUACGAUGCAACAGGCUCGACAGCCGAGUCCAUUGUCGACGCUGAGGGCUUCAACUGGAGCGACUAUUACCAGGAGCAGUUCAAAGACGCGAUAUCGUCUGAUGCCAUCAGCAAGUUUGCAGAAAAGUACAAGGGCUCUGACGAGGAGAAAGACGACUUGCUCAUCGCGUACGAGGAGUGCGAGGGGGACAUGGAUGAGAUCUAUGAGCGCGUGAUUCUGAGCGACGUGGUGGAAGAUGACGCGCGGUUCCGCCGCAUAAUCGACGAAGCGAUUGAGAAGGAGGACGUGCCGCCCUUUGACGCCUACACCAAAGAGAGCAAGAAGAAGCGGGCCGCGAGGUUGAAGGCGGCCAAGGCGGAGGCGACCGAGGCUGAGGACUACGCUAAGGAGCUGGGAGUGCACGACAAACUCUUUGGAGCGAAGAAGUCGAAGAAAUCAAAGGGGAACUCGGAGGACGACUUGGCUGCUCUGAUUCAGAAACGGCAGCAAGACAGGUCGGCCACCUUUUUAGACCAGCUCGCCGAGAAGUAUGGCGCAAAGGAGCCCAAGAAGAAGGGCAAGAAGAGGGCGGUAGAGGAGGAACCCUCAGAAGAGGCUUUCCAGGCCGCGGCCGCGAAGCUCAAAAGCUCCAAAAAGUCACGGCGAUAA